CUCUGCCGGAGCCGUGGAACCGUUCGACAAGGUGGCCGCAAGGCGAGGAGGUCACGUGACGGUUCCAACAUGGCGGCGCCGUGUCGCUGUCGUUCACCGCGGCCACCUCCGCUGGAGUCGUGUUUCUUCCGGACCGUGGAGCUCAGCUGCCUCCGGAGCCCUUGAGGCUGCCGUUUCCCCGCCCUGCGUGGGACAAACCAUAGCGACAACGAGGUGGUAGUGGCGGCCUUUAUCUCACGACGACCAUGCAGCCCCCGGCCCGCGAGGAGGACACCCGCACCAAGAGUAUGUUUGUCUCCCGGGCCCUAGAGAAGAUCCUCUCCGAGAAAGAGGUGAAACGGCCCCCUCACGGGCAACUACGGACAGCCUGCCAGGUGGCACUCGAUGAAAUAAAAGCAGAACUUGAAAAGCAAAGCCAAGGCAAUGAAAAUGUACCAAAACCAAACUUCAUUGAAGCAGAUAAAUAUUUCCUUCCAUUUGAGUUGGCUUGCCAGUCAAAAUCCCCACGGAUCGUUAGUACCUCUUUAGACUGCUUACAGAAACUCAUUGCAUAUGGGCAUAUCACUGGCAAUGCUCCAGACAGUGGAGCCCCUGGGAAGCGUCUGAUUGACCGCAUAGUUGAAACAAUCUGUAAUUGUUUCCAGGGUCCUCAGACUGAUGAAGGAGUACAGUUACAGAUAAUAAAGGCUCUCCUCACUGCUGUCACAUCCCCAUAUAUAGAAAUUCAUGAGGGAACGAUCCUUCAGACUGUUAGAACUUGUUACAACAUCUAUCUAGCCAGUAAAAAUCUCAUUAAUCAGACAACUGCCAAGGCUACCCUGACUCAAAUGCUGAAUGUCAUUUUCACUCGAAUGGAAAACCAAGCUAUACAGGAAGCAAGGGAAGUAGAAAAAUUAAAUCAACAAAGAUCCCAGUUUCCCAUGAGUCAUACAAUGUCAGGAUCUCCCAAGUUUGGCCGACUGAAAUACAGCCAACCAGAAAGUAGACCCUCAACUCCAAUAAAAACAGUUUUAGUUAACGGUGAGCCUGAGAGACAAGAAAAUGGAGACCAGAAGCCAGAGGACAAUUUCACUCCUCCAGUCUUUGAAGAAGAAACUGAUGAUGGAAAAGAAAUUAUUAAAGAAAUCUUGGAGGAUAUGGUCACUUCAGCUCUUAGAGGCUCUUUAGGAGAAGAAAUGAAAAAGCAGGCUGUCCCUGAAUCAGGUAGAAUUCUGUCUGCGGUUCCUGACUCACCAGGUGGUAGUGAAAACAUGCAAGCCAAUGGAAUUCCAGAUGAUAGACAAUCUGUCUCUUCCACGGAUAAUCUGGAAACAGAUGUACCUGGACCUCAGGCAACUGCUAAAUUCUCCCAUAUCCUUCAAAAGGAUGCCUUCCUUGUAUUCCGGUCGUUGUGCAAGCUUUCAAUGAAACCACUGGGUGAUGGACCUCCAGAUCCCAAAUCCCACGAGUUACGCUCUAAGAUCGUAUCCCUGCAGCUGCUGCUUUCAGUCCUACAGAAUGCUGGUCCGGUCUUCAGGACACAUGAAAUGUUCAUAAAUGCAAUCAAGCAGUAUCUCUGUGUAGCAUUAUCUAAGAAUGGAGUUUCUUCCGUUCCUGAUGUUUUUGAACUGUCUCUUGCCAUCUUCCUCACCCUUCUUUCAAACUUCAAAACCCAUUUAAAAAUGCAGAUUGAGGUGUUCUUUAAAGAGAUCUUCCUGAAUAUUUUAGAAACCUCUUCCAGUUCCUUUGAGCACAAAUGGAUGGUAAUUCAGACUUUGACUAGGAUUUCUGCAGAUGCUCAGUGUGUGGUGGAUAUAUACGUUAACUAUGACUGUGAUUUGAAUGCUGCUAAUAUUUUUGAACGACUAGUAAAUGACCUGUCAAAAAUUGCCCAGGGGCGGAGUGGACAUGAGUUAGGAAUGACACCUUUGCAGGAACUAAGUCUAAGGAAGAAAGGUCUUGAGUGUUUGGUUUCUAUUUUAAAAUGCAUGGUAGAAUGGAGCAAAGACCUGUAUGUGAAUCCCAACCAUCAGGCCAGCCUUGGUCCAGAUAAGCCUUCUGAUCAAGACAUGGGGGAAGGCAAAUGUCUGGAGAUUGGGGGAAGAAGAAGUAGUGCAAGCUCCUUAGAUUCCACAGUCUCCUCAGGAAUUGGGAGUGUUGGCACUCAGACUACUGUCCCUGAUGAUCCAGAGCAAUUUGAGGUCAUCAAGCAACAGAAAGAGAUAAUUGAACAUGGUAUUGAACUGUUUAACAAAAAGUCCAAGAGAGGCUUGCAAUAUCUGCAAGAGCAAGGAAUGCUUGGCGUAACGGCAGAAGAUGUGGCACAGUUUCUACACCAAGAAGAGCGCCUGUGUUCUAGCCAAGUGGGAGAAUUUCUAGGGGACAGUAACAAGUUUAACAGGGACGUGAUGUAUGCCUACGUAGACCUCCUUGACUUCAGUGGAAAAGACUUUGUCUCUGCUUUGCGUAUAUUUCUGGAGGGAUUUCGGUUACCUGGUGAAGCUCAGAAGAUUGAUAGAUUAAUGGAAAAAUUUGCUGCUAGAUAUAUUGAAUGCAACCAAGGUCAAACCGUCUUUGCCAGUGCUGACACAGCUUAUGUUUUGGCAUAUUCCAUUAUAAUGUUAACAACCGACUUGCAUAGUCCCCAGGUGAAGAAUAAGAUGACAAAAGAGCAAUACAUAAAAAUGAAUCGUGGGAUCAAUGACAGCAAAGACCUUCCAGAGGAAUAUUUGUCAGCUAUUUAUGAUGAGAUAGAAGGAAAGAAAAUUGCAAUGAAGGAUACAAAAGGAUAUGCCAUCACAACCAAAUCUACUAAGCCAAAUGUAGCCAGUGAGAAGCAGCGACGGUUGCUAUACAACCUGGAAAUGGAGCAAAUGGCCAAGACUGCCAAGGCUCUGAUGGAGGCAGUAAGCCAUGCAAAGGCACCUUUUACUAGUGCAACUCACCUGGAUCAUGUCAGACCCAUGUUCAAACUUGUGUGGACUCCAUUAUUGGCUGCUUACAGCGUUGGCCUUCAGAACUGUGAUGAUACAGAAGUUGCGUCAUUGUGCUUAGAAGGAAUCCGAUGUGCUAUCCGAAUAGCCUGCAUUUUUGGCAUGCAGCUUGAAAGAGAUGCUUAUGUCCAAGCGCUUGCCCGGUUUUCCCUGUUGACGGCAAGCUCCAGCAUCACAGAAAUGAAGCAGAAGAACAUAGAUACAAUCAAGACUCUUAUCACAGUGGCACACACUGAUGGCAACUACCUGGGAAAUUCCUGGCAUGAGAUUUUGAAGUGCAUCAGUCAGUUGGAGCUAGCUCAGCUCAUAGGAACUGGAGUUAAAACACGCUACCUGUCUGGGUCUGGGCGUGAAAGAGAAGGGAGCCUUAAAGGGUUCACAUCUGCAGGAGAAGAUUUCAUGGGUCUUGGUCUAGGCAACCUUGUUGGUGGAGGUGUUGAUAAAAGGCAGAUAGCCAGCAUUCAGGAAUCUGUAGGAGAAACCAGUUCGCAGAGUGUGGUGGUAGCAGUGGACAGAAUAUUUACAGGCUCAACAAGAUUGGAUGGCAAUGCAAUAGUGGACUUUGUUCGGUGGUUGUGUGCAGUUUCCAUGGAUGAGUUGGCUUCUCCCCACCACCCGCGCAUGUUCAGCCUGCAAAAGAUUGUUGAAAUCUCUUAUUACAACAUGAACAGAAUUAGGCUGCAGUGGUCCAGGAUAUGGCAUGUAAUCGGAGAUCACUUUAAUAAGGUUGGCUGUAAUCCCAAUGAAGAUGUGGCUAUUUUUGCAGUUGAUUCCUUAAGACAGCUAUCAAUGAAGUUUCUUGAAAAAGGAGAGUUAGCUAACUUCCGAUUUCAGAAAGAUUUUUUGAGGCCUUUUGAGCAUAUCAUGAAGAAAAACAGAUCUCCAACCAUUCGGGAUAUGGUAAUACGCUGCAUUGCUCAGAUGGUGAAUUCUCAAGCUGCUAAUAUUCGCUCAGGGUGGAAAAAUAUCUUUGCAGUAUUUCAUCAAGCAGCAUCUGAUCAUGAUGGGAAUAUUGUGGAACUGGCAUUCCAAACAACAGGACAUAUAGUUACCAAUAUUUUUCAACAGCAUUUUCCUGCAGCAAUAGAUUCAUUCCAGGAUGCUGUGAAAUGUUUAUCAGAGUUUGCCUGCAACGCGGCCUUUCCUGAUACCAGUAUGGAAGCAAUUAGACUAAUCCGUUAUUGUGCAAAAUACGUUUCAGAAAGACCGCGGGUUUUGAGAGAAUACACAAGUGACGACAUGAAUGUGGCAACUGGAGAUAGAGUUUGGGUCAGAGGAUGGUUCCCUAUUUUAUUUGAACUUUCUUGUAUCAUCAAUAGAUGCAAGUUAGAUGUGCGGACGAGAGGCCUAACGGUUAUGUUUGAAAUCAUGAAAAGCUAUGGCCAUACCUUUGAAAAACACUGGUGGCAGGAUCUGUUUCGAAUUGUAUUCAGAAUAUUUGAUAACAUGAAACUCCCAGAGCAGCAAACAGAGAAAUCUGAAUGGAUGACUACUACAUGUAAUCAUGCACUUUAUGCAAUCUGCGAUGUAUUCACACAGUUCUAUGAAGCUCUGAAUGAGAUUCUUCUUGCUGAUAUAUUUGCACAAUUGCACUGGUGUGUAAAACAAGAUAAUGAACAGCUGGCUCGAUCAGGUACCAACUGCCUAGAAAGCCUGGUGAUAUUUAAUGGACAAAAGUUCAGCCCUGCAGUCUGGGACCAAACAUGCAGUUGCAUGCUAGAGAUCUUCAAAACUACAAUUCCUCAUGUCUUGCUGACAUGGAGGCCAGCAGGAAUGGAAGAUGAUUCAUCUGAAAGACACUUGGAUGUGGACCUGGACCGCCAGUCUUUAAGCAGUAUUGAUAAAAAUGCCUCCGAAAGAGGGCAGAGCCAGUUUUCAAAUCCUACUGAUGAGAGCUGGAAAGGUGGUCCUUACUCAAAUCAGAAACUCUUUGCCAGCCUUCUCAUUAAGUGUGUUGUACAGCUAGAAUUGAUACAGACCAUUGAUAACAUAGUAUUUUACCCAGCAACAAGCAAGAAGGAAGAUGCUGAGCAUAUGGCUGCUGCUCAGAGGGAUGCACUAGAUACAGACAUUCACAUUGACACUGAAGACCAAGGAAUGUACAAAUACAUGUCUUCUCAACAUUUGUUCAAGUUACUGGACUGCCUGCAAGAAUCUCAUUCAUUCUCAAAAGCUUUUAACUCAAAUUAUGAACAAAGGACUGUCCUGUGGAGGGCAGGAUUCAAAGGUAAAUCAAAACCCAAUCUUUUGAAACAAGAGACCAGCAGCUUGGCCUGCUGUCUAAGAAUCCUUUUCCGAAUGUACGUUGAUGAAAACCGCAGAGACUCAUGGGAAGCUAUACAAGAGAGACUCCUGAACGUAUGUACGGAAGCCUUGGCUUACUUUAUUACUGUGAACUCAGAAAGCCACCGAGAGGCCUGGACCAAUCUCUUGUUGUUACUUUUAACAAAAACACUAAAAGUCAGUGAUGAGAAGUUCAAAGCACAUGCGUCAACAUAUUAUCCCUACCUAUGUGAAAUAAUGCAGUUUGAUUUGAUCCCAGAGCUCCGAGCUGUGCUGCGGAAGUUUUUCCUGCGUAUAGGUGUAGUGUUCAAAAUCUGGAUUCCUGAAGCACAGUCACCAACGGUGGGGAUGCAUUCAUCUGCAUGGUAGUGCUGUGGUAGCAGUUUUCCAAAGCUUGAGUCAUGCUUAAUUCAAAGAAUACAGACAAGCAAAUAAGAACGGAUACAGAUAGAGACACGUAAUUGGGAGUUUUCAAGAAGAAAAAGAAGCUACAACCAUGGGAGCAGCAGAGUUACAUUGAUGAAGCUGCUAUUUCUGAAGGAUACUCUUUUUUUAAAAUUCUGGCUGUCCUAUAGGAAUAGCUGUUAGCAUUUGACAACUAAAUGGAGUAAAUAUCCAGUCAUUCUUACCACCGAGCUUGUCUCAUUUACAACGGUUCUUUUUAACACCUUUCAGUUAACUGCGUAUAAUGUGCUGGACAUAAUUAAUGAGUGGAAGCUAUUUCCAUGAGAUAAAACACACACACACACACAUAGGCUUGUGAUGUUAGCAAAUGUACUAAUAAAUAUUCAAGAGGGUUGAAGUUCAUCUGAAAAUUAUGCUGGAAUGUUUCUUUUUCCUUUGGGAUGCAUUCAGUUUGGAAA